CACAUUUUUAAGGCGAGUGUAGUUGUGUUUCAAUAAAAUCGGUUGUAUCUAAAAUUAGUGACAAUUAAGUAAAAUUAUUGAAACCACUUUAUGUUGAAAAUAGAUCUUUUUUGUUUAGAAAGUACUGAAAUGUUUGACUGUUCUGUCACCCUUGUUUUCCUGGCCCUUCUUGUAUCUGGUCUUCAUGCAAAUCAGGAUCAUGUUGAGGUUUUAGAACCAGGUAUCUAUCUAUCCAUUAAUCCUUUGGCAUUCACACAACCUGAUGGAACCAUUAUCAAACGAAGAUUGGAAAUAACAUGGUAUGGCAAACAGGUAACUACAGACAAAGAUGUAAUAAAGCUGAAUCAAGGGCUGGAGACAGUGCUGGAAAUAUAUCCUGCCCUAUAUCAAGAUGGUUUCUAUACUACAAAUUUCCAGCUCCCUUAUCCUGAUGUCCAAGAAAUUGGAACCAAUUCUCUAUGUGUAUUUGACUACAGUGUAAGAUGGUUGGUGAAAAAUGAUAACAAUACUGAGGAACUAGCUUCUGCUUGUCUAAGAUCGCAGCCAUCUUGGAUGUGGGAGAACAGAGAAUUUCUUAAAGAGAUGAAGAUUGGUUCCAUGAUGCUAGCCGCAAGUCAUCUCUCAGGUGCUUACCGAGACUACUUAGGUGAAGGGGAUAACAACCUUGCCACAAGUGCAGUCUACGCACAAGAAGAGGAUAUACAGAAUCAGCUAGUCUGGGGUGCCAGGUUCCUGGAUAUAAGAGUUGGAUAUUACCCAACUCUGGAGGAUACCUUUUGGUUAGUUCAUGGAAUUAUAAAAACACAUCCCAUGCAGGAAGGAAUUCGCCAAGUUCAGGAGUAUUUGAGGUCAUCUAAAGAUAUAGUGGUUUGGGAAACUAAUAAGUUUGAUCAACCUUGGGAUGAGGAGGCCCACACAGUAUGGAAGGAAUUGCUCCUGCAGAAGUUUAGUAGAUGGCUGGUAACACCAGGAGAACUGGGAUGGGAUACAACACUACAAGAUAUUUGGACUAGAGAGGGAUUGCCAGAAGAUGAAGGAAGGAUAAUCAUCACUUACAAUGAUAUCCAUACAGAUACAACAUUAUUUUAUCCAGAGGUGUUGGAGAAAUGGGGGGAUGUAAAUGAGCCUGAAGACCUCAGAAGGUAUCUAGAGGAAGAAGUGAAGACUGCCCAAAACAACCCUGAUUAUCAACCAUGGAAACCUAACUGUCAACUUACACCAACAGCUUCUGACAUCAUACUUGGCAGAUGGAGUGGUCUAAGAGAAAUGGCAGAUGCAGUAAAUAGAAAUGUGACGGAAUGGUGGAGAGAUGAAUGGAAGGAUCUUCCAUCAACAUUUCCUUUGCAUGAUUUCAUCCUCAGUACAGAUAUAAUAGGGGAAAGCAUCAGAAGAAAUCUCCGACAGGCAAAGAACUUGUAUUGAAAACUAAUUGGUACAGUCAUUAUAUUAGUGUUUUUUAAUAAAUAAAUCCUUGCACAGAAUAAUCCACCUGUGUAUUAA